AUGUCAGGCGCGCACGCGAAUUUUGGUCCCACUGUGCGGGGCGGACGCGAAGCCGCGGUCGGCCGCGUGACGUCACGGCCCAUACGUCACGCGGGCGCUGACGUCACGCGCCGACCGGUCGCCGCCAACAACACUGUCGACUGGUCGCUCGGACCGAAUGAGUCACUUAGUCCUGUCACCGAAUCACCACACAUCUCUGCCGACACCGUCCUCCGAUGCCGUCUGCCCGCCCCUAGCGCUUCUGCGCUCCGUAAAGAGCGAGGUUCCCGCCGCGUCCCCGCUUCAGCGUCCAGUUCAACGCGCCCUCUAUCCAACGCGCCGCACAUAUCGGGCCGUUGGGGCAGACUGGGCGUCGCUCGACCGCUCGGGAACCGGCCCCCUCCCGGUGGCGCGUGCGGCUCAGAGGCAGCACAGCGCUCAGAGGCAGCAGAGGCGCCGGGCGCGUCGCUAGCAGAGCACGGCGCGGUCUGGCGGCGGGCGAGCGCGCACCCGCAGGCAGCCCGCGCCCGCACACGCGCACUCGCCGCCCGCGUGCGCGUGCGCGUGCGCGUGCGCGUGCGCGUGCGGCAGCGUGGCCGGCUUCUCGUAGUCGGGCUGGAACUUCUUGCAGAGCGCGAGCACCGACGGCGGCGACGGACGCGACUUGCGCGACACCUGCAACGUUUCGUGCCAAGUGCAAUAGUCUGUAUGGAGAGAUCCCAAGACGUUAAACUU